GCAACUACUCCCCUUAUCAAAUAGUGUCCACAGUGGAGUGGGACAAACAGUAUGGCAGCCACCUGGAGAUACCUCAAACCUGGUCCGAAUGAGAAAUCAGUCCCUAGGACAGUCUGCUCCUUCCCUUACUGCUGGUUUGAAGGAGCUCAGUCUCCCCAGAAGAGGAAGCUUCUGUCGGACAAGCAACAGAAAGAGUUUGAUUGUGACCUCCAGCACUUCUCCAACGCUCCCGCGACCGCACUCCCCUCUUCAUGGACACACAGGUAGCAGUCCUUUGGACAGUCCCAGGAACUUCUCUCCAAAUGCACCUGCUCAUUUUUCCUUUGUUCCUGCCCGAAGCCACGGACACAGAGCAGACAGGACGGAUGGGCGUCGCUGGUCCUUGGCCUCUCUCCCUUCAUCUGGAUAUGGAACAAACACUCCCAGUUCAACCGUUUCAUCAUCAUGCUCAUCUCAGGAGAAGCUGCACCAGCUGCCCUUUCAGCCCACGGCAGACGAGCUUCAUUUCCUGACCAAGCAUUUCAGUACGGAGAGCAUCACGGAUGAGGAAGGGCGCCACUCGCCAGCCCUGCGGCCUCGCUCUCGCAGUCUCAGCCCGGGUCGCUCCCCAGUUUCCUUUGACGGUGAAAUAAUAAUGAUGAAUCAUGUGUACAAAGAAAGGUUUCCGAAGGCCACGGCGCAGAUGGAGGAACGGCUGGCUGAGUUCAUUGCCUCUAAUGCUCCUGAGAACGUGCUGCAAUUAGCAGAUGGGGUCCUAAGUUUCAUUCAUCACCAAGUUAUUGAACUGGCCAGAGACUGCCUAGACAAAUCACGUGAAGGUCUUAUUACUUCUCGAUACUUUUAUGAGCUGCAGGAAAACUUGGAGAAACUUCUCCAGGAUGCCCACGAGCGGUCCGAGAGCUCGGAGGUUGCUUUCGUUACCCAACUUGUGAAGAAGCUGAUGAUUAUCAUUGCGCGACCAGCUCGGCUGCUUGAGUGCCUGGAGUUUGAUCCUGAAGAGUUUUACCACUUGUUGGAAGCUGCAGAAGGCCAUGCCAAGGAAGGGCAAGGAAUUAAAUGCGACAUUCCUCGCUACAUUAUCAGCCAGCUGGGACUUACCAGGGAUCCCCUGGAGGAAAUGGCCCAGCUGAAUAGCUAUGACAGCCCAGACACUCCUGAGACAGAUGAUUCAGUUGAGAGCCGUGGUGCCUCUGUGCAAUCAAAGAAAACUCCAUCUGAGGAAGAAUUUGAAAAUAUUAAACUGAUCAGUAAUGGAGCUUAUGGAGCGGUGUAUUUGGUACGACACAAGACCACCCGGCAACGUUUUGCAAUGAAGAAGAUCAACAAGCAGAACCUAAUUUUGAGAAACCAGAUCCAACAGGCUUUUGUGGAGAGAGAUAUCCUGACUUUUGCUGAGAACCCCUUUGUAGUCAGCAUGUUCUGCUCCUUCGAGACCAAGCGCCAUCUGUGCAUGGUUAUGGAGUACGUGGAAGGAGGUGACUGUGCUACACUUCUGAAGAACAUCGGUGCCCUACCUGUUGAUAUGGCCAGGAUGUAUUUUGCUGAGACUGUUUUGGCGUUGGAGUACCUACACAAUUAUGGAAUCGUUCACCGUGACCUAAAACCUGACAAUCUUCUGAUAACUUCCAUGGGUCACAUUAAACUAACUGACUUUGGACUGUCUAAAAUCGGUUUAAUGAGUCUUACAACUAAUCUCUAUGAGGGACACAUUGAGAAAGACACCAGGGAAUUCCUGGACAAGCAGGUCUGUGGGACUCCAGAAUACAUCGCGCCAGAGGUGAUCCUGCGGCAGGGCUAUGGGAAGCCAGUGGACUGGUGGGCCAUGGGAGUUAUUCUCUAUGAGUUUUUAGUUGGCUGUGUCCCUUUCUUUGGUGACACACCUGAAGAGCUCUUUGGACAAGUGAUCAGUGAUGAAAUUGCCUGGCCAGAUGGUGACGAUGCACUGCCUCCAGAUGCCCAGGACCUCAUUUCUAAGCUUCUCCGGCAAAAUCCUUUGGAAAGAAUGGGAACAGGUAGUGCCUUUGAAGUGAAACAGCACCGGUUCUUUAAAGAUUUGGACUGGAAUGGAUUACUUCGACAGAAAGCCGAAUUCAUUCCACAGUUGGAAUCUGAGGAUGACACAAGCUAUUUUGACACCCGGUCAGAACGGUACCAACACCUGGAUUCAGAAGAGGAGGAAGACACAAAUGAUGACGAUCACGUGGAAAUUAGGCAGUUCUCCUCGUGCUCGCCAAGGUUCAGCAAGGUGUACAGCAGCAUGGAGCGUCUUUCCAUCCAUGAAGAGAGGAAGACUCCGCCACCAACUAAACGGAGCCUAAGUGAAGAAAAAGACGACCGAUUAGACAGCCUUGGUGGCUUGAAGGGUCGGGACCGCAGCUGGGUCAUUGGGUCUCCUGAAAUCCUGCGGAAGCGCCUCUCCAUGUCGGAGUCGUCGCACACGGAGAGCGACUCGAGCCCGCCGCUGACGGUGCGCCGGCGCUGCUCGGGGCCUCCACGCUCACGGGUAGCUGGGAGCACUGCAGAUUUCUCUGAUCCACGCGCUCGCAGUAAUAGCAAUGAAGGCCCAGACUUUACCACUCCAAAAGCCAUCAGCGAUUUGGCAGUGCGGCGGGCACGACACAGGUUGCUCUCUGGGGAAUCAGGGGAGAAACGUACCUCGAGACCUGUCAAUAAAGUGAUUAAAUCAGCAUCCGCUACUGCCUUGUCUCUCCUGAUUCCCUCAGAUCACCACACGUGUUCCCCAUUGGCUAGUCCAAUGUCACCUCAUUCUCUAUCCUCAAACCCAUCUUCGAGGGACUCCUCACCCAGCCGCGACUUUUCUCCUGCUAUCGCAAACCUGAAACCACCAAUCAUCAUCCAUCGGGCUGGAAAGAAAUACGGUUUCACUCUCCGUGCCAUUCGCGUCUAUAUGGGUGACAGUGAUAUCUACACUGUGCAUCACAUGGUCUGGCACGUGGAGGACGGCGGCCCGGCGCACGAGGCAGGCCUGCGUGAAGGGGAUCUCAUCACACACGUCAACGGGGAGCCCGUCCACGGCCUGGUGCACACGGAGGUGGUGGAGCUGAUCCUGAAGAGUGGAAAUAAAGUGUCCAUCUCGACCACACCAUUUGAGAACACGUCGAUCAAAGUUGGGCCAGCCCGAAAGGCCAGCUACAAAUCCAAGAUGGCUCGUAGGAACAAGAAAAGCAAAACUAAAGAUGGGCAGGAAAGUAAGAAGAAGAGUUCUUUGUUCAGGAAGAUCACUAAACAAGCAUCACUGCUUCACACCAGCCGUAGUUUAUCUUCUCUAAACCGCUCACUCUCUUCUGGAGAAAGUGUACCUGGUUCUCCAACUCACAAUCUGUCUCCUCGCUCACCUACGCAGAGCUACAGAUCCACACCCGAGUCUGUGCAUUCAGUUGGUGGCAAUUCUUCCCAGAGCAGCUCUCCCAGUUCCAGUGUCCCCAAUUCUCCAGCCAGCUCUGGACACAUCCGACCCAGCUCUCUGCAUGGCCUGGCGCCGAAGCUCCAAAGGCAGUAUCGGUCUCCGAGGCGUAAAUCUGCAGGAAACAUCCCUCUGUCGCCACUAGCUCACACUCCAUCACCAACACCACAGUCCACAUCUCCGCAACGCUCCCCUUCCCCUUUACCAGGGCAUUCAGUUGGCAGUUCCAGUGUUAUUCAGUCAUUUCCAGUGAAACUACACUCCUCUCCACCACUGGUAAGGCAAAUUUCUCGGCCUAAAAGUGCUGAGCCCCCUAGGUCUCCUUUGCUGAAGAGAGUCCAGUCGGCAGAAAAACUGGCUGCCUCACUGUCGUCUUCUGAGAAGAAGCUGGGUUCCUCACGGAAGCAUAGCCUGGAUAUUUCUCAUUCGGAAUUCAAGAAGGAAAUGCUGCAGAGGGAUCCUAGUCUCCAGAGCUUACAAGAGUCUGCGAAUGAAACAACAAGUGGAAAACUUGGACUAGCAGAAAAGGUCAUGUUGCAGAAGCCAGGCUCCAGGAAGCUGGGUGCUAUUCGGCAGGACAGGGUGGAGAGGAGAGAGUCCCUGCAAAAGCAGGAGGCCAUAAGGGAAGUAGAUUCCUCAGAAGAUGAAACGGAUGAUGGUUCAGAGGAUAGUCAGGAUGGAAGAAGACUGGACAAGCCACCUGGCAAUGGAGACCGAGGCUCUGAUUCUUUUAAUGAGGAUAAAUUUUCUUCUAAAUUAGAAAGCAAAGAUAGUAUUGAAGAUGAUGCCUUUCUGCCUGAAGAUCCAAAAGGUACAGAAGAAUUGCAAAAGGUAAAUAAUCAGCAAGCCAAGGCUGUUUCAGAGCUGCUGCAAACCAGUGUGCACCCUUCCUCAUCAGGGGCCCUCCCAAGAACUUCUCCAGAGAAAUUGCCUAUCUUACCCAGCUCAGAAAAGCCAUUCCUAAGGUCAGAAACUACUGCAAAGGAACCUAAAGUGCCAGAAAACAAAAAAUCAGAACAUUUUAGUCAAGAAGGCAAAUCUCAUGAAGCAAUCAAAGACUUAGGGAAAACUACUAGUACUCCAAAACCAAUAGAUCAUACCGAACACAUACAGCACCCAUCUAUGAAACCUCUUAAACUUGAACAAGGUGACUCUUCAGGGGCCUCCUGUGGUAAACUUGACCCGAAAGACUCUCUGCUCCCAGAAAUCAGUCAGAAAAAGCAUGACUCGAAGCCUCUGCUUGUUCUUUCUCCAUGUUGCACGGCGAGCGUGAGCAUUACGCUCUCAACGAGCCGCGGCGACGGCAGCGCCGAGGCUCCCAAGGAGACGCUGCAGCCUGUCGAGCGCAGCAGCCCCUUUCUGCAUCCUGCAAGCAGGAGUGAAACACCCCCCAGAAGUCCCAGUACCGACAGAAAGCAGCCCAGCUCAUUGCAGACGGAGAGUGUUUCAGCUGCUAGCAAAACGAGCCAGGGCAGUGCCCCGGCUCCGGGGUCCUCCCCGCUCCCCGUCCCCGGCGCCGCGGAACGAGCGCUCUCCGUGUCGCCGCUCGCGCAGAGCGUCCUGGGCCCUCUGAAGCUCAGCAUGGCCGGAUCUGGAGAGCCAGAAAAGAGGAAGGAUUUCCACCAUUUGGGGGCCUCUUGUCAAGAGGAGAGGGAUUCCAAACAAAAAAAGCAGGAAGCUUUGCAAGCAGGACCGUGUCAAGAGAGAGCCAAAGCCCCCAGCACCGGCAGCCUGCCCACCAGGAGCGGAUCCUGCACGGAGUCCUUGCACGCAGCGAAGACGUGGGAGGCAGCGUGUCCCAUGGGGGCAAAAAAGGAGCCAACCUUUUGCAGUUCUAAAUCAUCCGAAGCUUUGGGAAGCAGCUGCAAAAGCGCCUCCUCCACGGAGCUCCCGCACGCCCCGGGGCAGCCCGCCCUGGGGGCCUCUCCUCUGCCAGACAGCAGCACGAGGCCCUGGAAGGACGGGACCCUCGCACAAGGAAAAGGCAAAGAGGCUGGAAGUCAGUUAAAAGUGCCAGACUUUCCUCUGUCCUGUGAUGGUGCUGCGAAGAAAACAUAGCAGCAUCCCUGGUACACCCGGACUGGAGCGUUCCACAUCCAAAAUAGAGACUGCAUGUUUGAAUUUUGUAAUAUACACUAAUAUAAAAUAGAACUUGUGUACAUCUAUUUUUGGGAGGGUUUUUUUCAUACUGUUUUUUGUGUUUUUUUCAUCCUUGCUAUUCUAUUUUUGUACACGGUAAUGCUUGCCAUUUGAGGUCUCUUUAGAACAGGGUAUCUUUAAAGCAGGGCUUAAGAAACAGUGUGCUGAUUUUUUCCCUUCCUGCCCUUUUAUUUUGCCCUGAGUUUAGAGACUUUUUGCUCUUCUCCAAUUCUGUGUUCAGAUCCCCAAAAUUCUGAGUGC